AUGGCUGAGAUCAGCCACAGAGACAACUCAGAGCUGCACACCGUGACCCCGUCACACCCAUGUAAUCAGCGGGCCCAGCCACAGACCAGCAGUAAGAAGCACUCCCCUGUCUUUCUGUUUUCUUUGUGCACGUUUGGUGGAAGGAAGGCUUGCAAAAAACGAUUGAACCGGACUCCAGAUUCCAAGUUUAGCAGAGUAACUCGUGCACCAGUCACUCAGCACCACCGGAAACGAGUCGGAAAAGAAACAGGGCGCUGUUCCCCCACCGAACUCCAGGCAGUGAGGGUGAAGUCCAGGCAGCGAGGGCUGAAGCUGCAGCUCCUUCCUGCCCAGCGAGGGCAGAGAGCCUGGGCUAAUGCAACCUUUGCAAAAGAGCCACCGCGCUCUCCCAGAGCCCUGAGCUCUUCCCGCAGCCGCGGCGGCUCGGAGGAGAUGCAGCUCCGCAGGAAGUGCUCGUCGAGGCGCAACGCGUGGGGCAACCUCUCGUACGCCGACCUCAUCACCCGCGCCAUCGAGAGCUCCCCGGAGAAGCGUCUCACCCUCUCGCAGAUCUACGACUGGAUGGUCCGCUGCGUGCCCUACUUCAAGGACAAGGGAGACAGCAACAGCUCGGCCGGCUGGAAGAAUUCCAUCCGGCACAACCUGUCACUCCACAGCCGAUUCGUCAGGGUGCAGAACGAAGGCACCGGGAAAAGCUCUUGGUGGAUGAUCAACCCCGACGGCGGAAAAGGCGGCAAAGCGCCCCGGCGACGCGCCGUGUCGAUGGACAACAGCAACAAGUACACCAAGAGCAGAGGGCGGGCGGCGAAGAAGAAGGCAGCCCUGCAGACCGCCCAGGAGACCAGCGAGGACAGCCCUUCCCAGCUCUCCAAGUGGCCAGGGAGCCCCACGUCCCGCAGCAGCGACGAGCUGGAUGCCUGGACGGAUUUCCGCUCCCGUACCAACUCAAACGCCAGCACCAUCAGCGGCCGCUUGUCACCCAUCCUGGCAAGCACCGAGCUGGAUGAUGUUCAAGAUGAUGAUGCUCCACUUUCUCCCAUGCUGUACGGGAGCCCAUCGAGCUUGUCCCCAUCGGUAAACAAACCCUGCACUGUGGAGUUGCCCAGGUUGACUGAUAUGGCUGGGACAAUGAAUUUGAACGACGGACUGACAGAUAACCUCAUGGAUGAUCUCUUGGACGAUAUAACCCUCCCUCCCUCCCAGCAGUCUCCCACGGGAGGGAUAAUGCAGAGAAGCUCCAGUUUCCCGUAUGGUUCCAAAGGUUCAGGGCUGGGUUCCCCAUCGAGUAGUUUCAACAACGCCGUGUUCGGGCCGUCGUCCCUGAACUCCCUCCGCCAGUCGCCCAUGCAGACCAUUCAGGAGAACAAGCCGGCCACCUUCUCUUCCCUUUCUCAUUACAACAACCAGACGCUGCAGGAUCUCCUCGCCUCGGAUGCACUUAGUCACAGCGAUGUCAUGAUGACGCAGUCUGACCCACUCAUGUCACAGGCCAGCACGGCCGUGUCCACCCAGAAUUCCCGCAGGAAUAUCAUGCUCCGCAACGACCCCAUGAUGUCCUUUGCUGCGCCAUCCGGCCAGGGUGGGCUGGUCAAUCAGAGCCUGCCUCAUCACCAGCACCAGUCCCACAGCUCCUCUCUUAGUGGCAGCCGUGCCUUGUCCAGCUCCAUCAGUAACAUAGGCUUGAGUGACUCAAACAGCUUGGGAUCCACCAAACAUCAGCAGUCACCCGUCAGUCAGUCUAUGCAAACACUUUCUGACCCGCUCUCAGGCUCCUCUUUGUACUCCUCUAGUGUGAACCUCCCGGUCAUGGGACACGAGAAAUUCCCAAGUGACUUGGACCUGGAUAUUUUCAAUGGGAGCCUGGAGUGUGACAUGGAGUCCAUUAUCCGCAGUGAACUCAUGGACGCAGAUGGGCUGGAUUUUAACUUUGAUUCCCUCAUCUCAGCUCAGAACGUUGUCAGUCUGAAUGUGGGGAACUUCACUGGUGCUAAACAGGCUUCAUCACAGAGUUGGGUGCCAGGCUGAAGGAUCUUUGAGAACAGGGAAAAUGGGCAAACAGGCCCUCAAACUGACAUGAGAUGUAGAGAGAACCCUUUGCCAAAUCUGCUGUCAGCAAGUGGACAGUGAUACUGUUUACAGCUUACGACCUUUGUGAACCCUGCAUUAUUUUCCUAACGAAGCAGACUGUUAACAGGCCCCUCCUUGGAGUGAAGACCCUCC